AUGGGAAGACGCAAAGCAUACAUGGACGAUGGUGGCGAUUCAUCGGACGAAGAACGUGGGCGGAUUCAUUUUGACAUUACCGAAGAAGAUUUAGAGGAAGAACGUCAAGGGUUUUCUGGUGUACGGAAACGUAAAAUGUUUGACGAUUCUAGUGACGAUGAAGCAACGCCAAAAGGAGGAUUAGGCUCGGGAGGAUGGAAAACAGGUGGAACAACCUUAUUCGAACCAGCCAAAAAAUCUUCUACUCCAGAACCACAAAAAGUCGCAUCUCCCAAACGAAAGAAUGCAUUCGCUUCGGCAUCGUCGUCCAAGCCAGAGCCAGGUUUUGCCGGAUUCAGCAAACACACCACAGGUUUUGGACAAAAGAUGUUGGAAAAGAUGGGUUGGGCAGCCGGAAAGGGUCUUGGUGCAGGUGGUGAAGGUAUCAUCAACCCAGUAGAGACAAAAUUGCGUCCCAAGGGUAUGGGUAUGGGAUUCAAAGGCUUCGAUGAACGCACAGCCCAGGCCAAAGCAGAAGCUAAAAAACAAUCCACAAUGCGCGGUGAUGAUUCGGACCAAGAUCAAGAUCAAAGUGAGGGUGAUAGUGGUGAUAGUGAUGAUAGUGGUCAUAAAAAGAAACCUGGCAAGGCCGUGAAGCGGGAAGCAUGGAAAGCAACAGCUAAAAAGGCCAGAAAACCAAAGGUGGUUUACAAGACAGCCAACGAUAUUCUGUCAGAGAUCAUAGAGAAAGCCCCGGAAGCUCAGCAGAAAGUUAUUGACAUGACGGGACCAACAAUACGAGAAGUAUCCUUGGCUGACAUACGCACUUCAGAUUCACCGACGUUUAUGGAAACCACCACACGAUUGCCAGAACUUCGUCACAAUAUUCGUCUUCUGGUAGACCUCGCACGGGGCGAUUUGGAGAACUUAUCAAGGGAGAAACAGGCUAAUGUGUUUCGUCUGCAGGAGCUUGAUAAAGAGCUUGUAGAUAUUCAAAAGAACAUGGAGAGAGACACAAGUCAGAAAAAAAGAGUCGAAGAGAUCAAGAAUAUCGGGGUGCAGCUGGAAAGAAUAUCGCGAGAUAGUAUGGCAACAGGCGCCUACGCCAGUGGAAAUAUCACCUCACUUUUUGGCGAAUACUUUGAAAUUUUGGAAACUAAAUAUAUGGAUGAAGUGAAAUCACUUGGAUUGGAUAGCAUGGUCGUGGCUGUUUGGGCACCCAUAUUAAAGUAUAAAUGUGUUCACUGGGAUGUAUUGGACGAGCCGACCUGGGGAGUAGAUGAUGUACAAAGAUGGAGAAAGCUAUUGAGGAGCAACGAUGAUCGAGACGAGUUUGGGGAUUUAAUAGCUUCCAAGGGCGUUAAUCUGGCCACGCCAUACGAAACAAUGAUGAAUACAAUCUGGCUAACCAAAGUACGCAGUGCGAUUAAUAACCGAUGGAAUGUUCGACAGCCUGAGCCACUUAUUAUCUUACUGGAAGCAUGGAAGCCUCUACUUCCUCGUUUCAUUUUCGAAAACAUUAUCAACCAACUUUUACUUCCGAAGAUCACCACUGCCGUUUCUGACUGGGACCCACGGAACGAUCCCGAAAUGAUCCAUAGCUGGAUCCACCCCUGGCUGCCGAUUCUCGAGCCCUGGAGACUUGCUGAAAUCUUUACGAACAUUCGCCAGAAACUCUCGGUUGUACUGCGACAAUGGCAUCCUUCUGAUGAGUCCGCACUCCAUAUCAUCAUUCCCUGGAAGCAAGUGUGGACUGCCUCUCAGAUGGAAAUGUUCUUGACAAAAUGCAUUCUUCCCAAACUCACUCAAGUCCUUCGCACAGAGUUCGUAGUAGACCCACAAGAUCAGAAAAUAGAACCGUUGGUGUGGUGCCUGGCGUGGAAAGAUAUGUUUUCAACUACGAUUAUUGGCCAGCUUUUAGAACACGAAUUCUUCCCGAUGUGGCUGAAUAUGCUGUAUAACUGGCUUACACAACCCCGAGACCAAGUCAAUUAUGAUGAGGUUGGAGAGUGGUAUUUGUGGUGGAAGGCUGUCUUUGAAGAGUUCGGUCUCUGUUCGCACAAGACAGUUAGCCAGUGCUUUAGAAAGGGAUUGGACAUGAUGUUUAUGGCCGGCAAUGGUCAACCGGUCAUUCCUCCUUCUUUUUAAUAUCAAUAUAUAUACAUAUACAAUAUCUCAUCAAUACAUACAUCUAUAAUUUUCACUCAUUCACUUACUCACAUUAACAUUCAAAUUCACAUUCACAUUCAUACUCAUAUUCACACAUGUAUAUCUUGUAUAUAUUAAAAAGAAAGAAGUUGAAUGUUGUACAUAUAUAUAUAUAUAUAUGUAUAUAUAUUCUUUAUAUUGUUUU